AAUUAUAUGAGUAACCCAUUUAAGAUUGUACCAUCUGAUUCAUUUUUGAAUAUACUUAAUCAAAAUAAUGUUUCAGUGGUAGAUGUGGAUGAUGAUUAUAGAGCAGAGUAAGAUUGGAUGUUUGAAAAUGAUUAAAAUUUUAUUGAAGAAUCGAUACUAUAAUAAUAAUAGCCUAUCAUGCCUGAACGAUCAAAGGCAUUAGUUGGAGGAGAAUUAUUGCAGAAAUAUAAAAAACAUAAAGAAGAAGAUCUUUUGAAAAAAAAUAAAGAGGUUUUUCAAGCAAAUCAAUCUAAAAGCAUUUACCUUAACAAAAUUCAAUAAUUAAUAGAUAAACCCACAGUUAUAGGAAAGCCAAAACAAAGGUAAAUAUUAUUUAAAUAGAUAGUCGUUAAAAAGUGAUCGUUGAUAGUGACUCAUCUGAUGGAAAGAAUAGAUUGGCUAAAAAUAGAGAAUCUGCAAGAAAUUCAAGGAAAAGGAAAAAAGUCUAUAUAGAAUUAUUAGAAAAUAAAGUAAAAGAAUUAACAGAAUAAUUACAUUAAUUAGAAUAUAUUGUUUAAUAAAACAGAAUUAAAAAUAUUUAAGUAUUAAUUAUCGAAUUAGAGAUUUAGUUGGAAAACUUUAUAGAAGAUUAUCAAAGAUCAAUUAAUUAACUUAAUGGCUUACCUACUAUUCAAUAGUUACAUGAACAAUUUGGGGCAACAUCUUAGAGAAGAUGGAGUGUUUGUACUGAACUCAUAAAUCUAUUAAUUGAAACCACUAUUCCUAUUGAAGUUAAGAAAUUGAUGGAGUCUGCUAAAAAAGGAACUGAUAUGUUUAUCCAACCACUUCUUUAACAUAAUCCAUGUCUAAGUUAUAGAGAUUACUUUAAACAAGGAACAACCGAAUUAGAAAUGUAUUCAUUUAUGUAAAUUGAGAGCAACAAAAAAUUUUGGUUAGGCUUAUGAUAAAAUUAGAGAAUAAGUAUUUGCUUUAGAAAGAUUAAAAUUGGACAUCAUAUAAAUCUUAGGCCCAGAUUCUUAUAUUGAGUACUUAAAUUCAUAAUCAUAUUGAAUAUGAUAUAUUUGUAACAAAAAC